AUGCAAGUACACCUGGCGUCACUCGACCGUCCGUCCCUUCAAAGGCGGCCGAAUCUAAAAAUAAUAGCGCUCUCGUCGGUGAUCGGGCCGGCCCAAACAAGGGGGGGCACUCGAGCCGCGGGGCCCGCCUUAAGCCACUCGACGCUAACCCCGCAGAGCCUUAUCCGAAACGACGCGUCGAGUGGCGGACUAUUAACGGCCCGUGCUCACAUCUGCGCUGAGACACCGAUCGCUCGCCCUCGUGAUACCCGA